AUGGAUAUCGUAAAGUGUAAUAACUGUAACAUAGUUAUUUGUGAACUAUUGGCUUUUGUGCAAAAUAAAGCUGAUGUAAUGGAUGAAGACAGUAUACUUCGUCUGUGUUCUACUGCGUUCACAACGGAUGAAAUCACACAGGCGAAAAAAUUACUUUUCGAGUCGGUACAAACUAUAACACGAAAGAAAAGAAAAGGUGAAGGAAAAAGUAAGCGAGAUAUGGAAGAUAUCCUAUGUGUGAUCAAAGAAACAGAUCCUGAUUUGAUACCUAUUUUUGUGGCAAGGGACUUACAUCGUCUUCCCCCGGUCACAUUUGAUCAUGUAGACGCCACGAGACUGUUAAAGGACAUUAUUAAACUGCAAGAUAAUGUGUUGUUUAUAAAGGAAAAUUAUGCCACUAAGGAAAUGGUUUUGAGUCGAACGUCGGGGAUGUAUGAAAAAGAGAGAGGCUGCUAUACAAGACAGUUUUGA